AUGCUUUGCCCAGCAACGGGAGAGCAUAGAAGCACCGUGGUACAUUCGAAAAUAUCCCUACCCAACGCCGCUAUGCUGGUGCGGAAAAAUCCAGGCAUAUACCUUUCGUCACUGUGGAGCUUUCGGCCGCCGUUGCUGCUGGUGCUGUUCAUUUUUCUCCUGAGGAUUCCAAACGCAGAGAUGUGUCAAAGCCACACACCUCCGGUACCUACGAAGCCCCCCUCAGUUCCUUCGCUGACUCGCUACGUUAACUUAUAUCUCCUGUCGGACCACUCACAUUGCAAAUUGUUUAAGAAUAUUGGAGAUCAGCGCCUUUACAUGACGGUUCUGACGAACGGAUUGAGAGCAACCUACAGCGGACUGCCGCACGAACUGGGACUCGCUCUGAGGCUCGUUGGCAUCUCCUGCUUAAAGAAGUCUGAGCAGAAAAAGAUAUAUGAAACCAGCAUCAAAAAACGCAAAUUGGAUGGGAAUAGUGCUCUGUGGGGUUUAAAGAUUUUCGUAGCGGAAAACCAGGCGUGGUUUGAAAAUGCUACGGUCAUCGCUAUGCUAACGGCGUACUCCUUCCAGGAUGAAUCUCGAACUGGCUACUCUUUCUUUGCUGGAUUCUGCAGUAGAGAUCAAGUAAUACUCAUGAGCGAUCCACACGCAAUGUACCGCAUGCAAGAAGAGCUGGCGGAGCACAUCUUGAAAUUGAUGUCUGUGGAUUUGGAGGAGGGUUUGCUCGAGAAAUGCGUUAGAAAUAAAACUGACACGCAACAUUGCAGUUUGGACAAGCUGAACGCUUCGCUUGCCCGCAUGCCCCAAGACUGCUUUCUACCAAGAGGAGAGGAGGUUCCUCAAGUCACUAGCUUGCCUGGCGACGUCGUCAAUUUGUUUAAGCUAUGUGAAGCAAUGUAUCCUCACGAAUGGUUUAUCGAUUAUUGUUUCGAACACGAGAUCACUGGGAUGCAUCGCUUCUAUCAAGUGUACAACUGUGAGUUAACCUGCUGUUCCGAAAAAAACACUCUGCAUCAAACAUUGUAUAAAACUUCAGCAAUACAAGGUCUUCGAUGCGGCGUCGAAAAUAAGUUUUGCGUCAACGGCGUUUGUUAUAACCGUGAAGAUUGGAUCCACGAGCACCUUCCCAAUGGUUCCCUCGACAUCCACCCGUAUGUUCCGCCCGAGAACCCGUUUUAA